GGAGACAAAUCAGGAUAAAAAGUCAACAAGACCAACUUCAAUUUAUUUUAAAAGUAAAUUAAUGAUUUUAUUGGAUCAAGAAUAAUAUUCUGUCCCAGAUCAUCAAAAUGAUUCAGCUCUUGUCAUCAAUUUCAAGAUUAACAUUGUCUAAUAAUCUAUUAAAAUUAAAUGGUUUUCAUACAGCAAGUAAACUUAACUUUCACUAUACUCCAGUUUUAUAUGCUGAACCCUUGAAAAAGAAGAAGAAAUUAGAUCCUGCAGUUGUUAGAGCUCGUGAAGAUCGAAAAAGGAAAAAACUUGAGAAGCAAAUUCGAAGACUUGAGAAAAAUUCUCGCCAACUUAAACCAAUUGAUGAGUUAGAAGUUCCUUUUACUUUGAUUGAUGAAAAAGAAGAAAGAACAAGAAAACUCCCUCAAAUAUCAGAGCAGGAACAAGAACGGAGAAUAGUUUUGCUAAAUAAAUGGGCGCAUUAUCGUUUACAAGAAAGUCUGAAAGAUCUGAAGAUUGUAGAUAAAAUGAUGAAUGCACAAAUGAAAGCACUUCAAGAACUUCGUUUCGAAUCUGAGGAACUUUAUCAGCAUGCAAUUCAACCCGACAUUGACAUGAUUCCUUUUGUAGCUAAGGGACCAGUGGAAACACCACCAAAACCAGAUUAUGAAUACAUUGAUGGUGAUUACAAUGACGUAACAAGAGUUUACGAUGGUGAAGGAAAACCGAACUCUUAAUUGUUGCCCACGUCUUGAAUUAUUACUGAAAUAGAAUUGAAAAUUUAUUGAAAUAAAUAUUUAAAUAUCAAACUUUA